ACAUGGCAUCCAAAUUAUGGACUCCCCAAUGGCAUGAAGGGUCAAUUUUAUCUUCAAUCAAUCUCACUAUAAAACCUUUAUUACUCAAUAGAAUUGUAACAUCAUCUAACCAUUUUCUCACUCACAUCACAAUUCACAAGCAGUUAACAACAACCUUCAAAAAAUGGGCACUUUGGAGACAAAAGGUUUCACAGAAGAGCAAGAAGCUCUUGUGGUAAAGUCAUGGGCCGUAAUGAAGAAGAAUUCUGCUGAGUUAGGACUCAAGCUUUUCUUGAAAAUAUUUGAGAUUGCUCCAUCAGCUCAAAAUCUAUUCUCAUUCUUGAAAGAUUCAAAAGUUCCUUUGGAGCAAAACACCAAACUCAAGUCACAUGCAAUGUCUGUCUUUCUCAUGACAUGUGAAUCAGCAGUUCAACUGAGGAAGGCUGGUAAAGUAACAGUCAGAGAAUCAAGCUUGAAGAAAUUAGGUGCUAGCCAUUUUAAAAAUGGUGUAGUAGAUGAGCAUUUUGAGGUAACAAAGUUUGCACUUUUGGAGACUAUAAAAGAAGCAGUGCCUGAAAUGUGGUCACCAGAAAUGAAGAAUGCAUGGGGAGAAGCUUAUGAUCAAUUAGUCAAUGCAAUCAAAUCUGAAAUGAAACCUUCCUCUUAGAUUCUCUUUCAGUUUAUGUAGUUCCUUUCCUUUCUUCCCAAAUUGAAUAAGACUGAUAGAAAGUCACUUGGUUUUUGUUAUUAAAUAAACUAUGAGUUUUUUGGUCUGUGUUUUUCUUUUGUAUGAAUAUAAUAUACUUUGUGUAGAUAUUGGGUUUGCUAGGUGAAGUGUGUUUGUAUUUUACAAUUCAGUAAUUGAAGGAAGGAAAUCUUGUGACUA